AUCUGAGAAUCGCUUAUCUGAGAAUCAAGAUUUUCUGAUAAUCCGCUGUCUGAAGAAUCCGCUGUCUGAAGAAUCUGGGGUGUUUGGCAAUCCUGAUUAUUUCUACUGGAUUAUCUGUUCUGGCUGUAAAAUGACCUAUUUGCCCCUGAGUCCUGUGUCCCGAGCCAUGCCCUGCGACGCUGCGUGCGUGACACACGAGACGAGGCCAGAUGCUUUGACGGCCUGCCCUUCUCCCCCAAUCUUCCGCAGCACACCACUGCUCCAACCAAGCUACUAGAAAUACUAGCUCUCUCCUGUCUCCAUCUCCACUCUCUGCCUGCUCAAAGCUACAAGCUCCGAUCCAACAAGCUUCCAAUGGCGACCAAGAUCUACAUCGUGUACUACUCCACGUACGGCCAUGUCGCGACGCUGGCGGAGGAGAUCCAGAGGGGCGCCGCGUCCGUCACCGGCGUCGAGGCGACGCUGUGGCAGGUCCCGGAGACGCUCUCCGGCGAGGCGCUGGCGAAGAUGGGCGCGCCCCCGAAGCGGGCGGGCGUGCCGGCCAUCGCCCCCGCGGAGCUCGUGGAGGCCGACGGCGUCCUCUUCGGGUUCCCCACCAGGUUCGGCAUGCUGCCGGCGCAGCUCAAGGCGUUCCUGGACGGCACCAGCGACCUCUGGUGCGAGCAGAGGCUCGCCGGCAAGCCCGCGGGCAUCUUCUGCUCCACCGGCUCGCCGGCGAACGCGGGCGCGCAGGGGCGAGCGGCGCGAGCAGGGAGAGGGGAGCGGGGCGAGCGGCGCGACCGGGCGAGCGGGGACCGGAGGCGAGCGCCUGGAGAAGAGAGGAGAAGGGGUCGGGAGGGAGGGCAGGGUGGGAAGAAUCGGGAGAAUCGCCGUCGGCGCUCGUGAUGGAGAAAAUCGAGACUUACGUGCAAUGCGGUGGUGGGGAGAAUCGAGUGGUCGAUUCCAUCCGAUUUUAAUCGGAGCGUUUGGGUGGGAUUCUCGCUUCUCCCCACUGAGAAUCCGAUUAAAAGCGAAACCAAACACUGCCUAUAUUGGUUCAACGGAAUUCCGUCAGUAUGAACAAAAUAUAUGGAUGAUAUGGCUGAUCUGAUAGGAAAUCAUAAAAGUGUGCAUAGUGCUCCGUGCAAGCUAGAGAGUUAGGCAGAAAGGGCUCAUGGAGGAAUAGAGGAACAUCUGUCAAUCUGCAGUUGGUUUUGGAUUGAAUCGAGACACACUUUGAGGUGCAUGAUUCUUUUUGGGUUUUGUAGUGUCGUGACUUGUGGGGACUGGGGACUCAAACAUGAAGUGCUUGAAAUAGUUAGUUUUAUUGAAGACCAAGUAAGCUUUCGUGGAGUUCUAUAUUUCUCCAGAGAAAAGGUGCCCCAAAAUUCAGACUUCAGAGAAGACUGUCAGCUUGUCAAGUCGGUUGUGCUUGAAAGAGACACCAACAUAAAACAAGGACUUGAAUAUGAAAAGUAAAAGUUUAGGAUUAGUUGGUUACAUCAGAGAUAUCAAGCUGGUUAGAAAUAUAUGGAUAAUAACAGAGCAAGAUUGGGAGUUGGUAAUGCUUUUGUUAGGUACAGUAUGUGCUAGUUUUCCUGCACUUCUAUCAAGGUCACCAAACAGCUAGAGUCCAGGAAGGGACUGUGCUAACCCCAAGGCGAGGUUAAACAACAAGAAAGGGCAUUUUCCGUGGUCAGAAGUACUCACGUGUCAUUGGUACUUUGUAGUAGAGUAACAUGGGGGCAGCAAUGUAAGCAGAAAUGUUUAUGUGCGAGGUCUAACAACCUCCACUAACUUUAACUAGAGGGUGUAGAAUAUGUUUGAUGAUUUAUACCAAUCUAGAGGGUGUAGAAUGUGUUUGAUGAUUUAUACCAAGAACAUAGGCCAAAAAGGUAAUAGCUUUGACAACUUUGU